GCACGAUUCACAAAUCGCAGAACAGAAUUGCAGCGCCAACGGCUGCUUCCCACACCGCCGCUUCCAGCCUUCGACACAACCGGAUAGAACACUGUCAGCCACUGACUGCCGUUCCCGCACUCGGCCCAGCGACACUGCUCCUACGUUUCAGCGCCGCGAAACCCACCGCUCAGCACUUAAAACAACUCGGGUCCACCGCCUGCCACCGUCGGCCACCGCGCCAGCCCACGGAGGAUCGCGCUGCACCCCGUCUUCGAACAGGACUAUUUAAUUGCAACCUCGUUGAUUUUUAUUUGUAUUACGGCUACGAACAAUGCUUUCUGGACUCAAGUUCAUUCCCCGUGAUAAGAUUGAGAAAGCACAAGAUGAUGAUUCAGAUGAUUCUAUAAAGGAGAGGAAAAAAUCAGGUAGUAGAAAGGAAAAACAUAGGGUGAAAGGGAAGAGUUCUAGGUACAGAAGUAGUUCGGAUGAUGAAGAUGUUGAGAGAAUUAGGAAACGGUCUAGUAAGAAGAAGAAAAAAUGGUACUCAUCGGAUGAAUAUUCUUCGAGUGAAAGUGAGGGGAGUUCGGACGAUGAAGAAAUGAAGGAUCGGGAUAAGAGAAAGGGUAGGAGGAAGCAUAAGAGAAGCAAUGCUGAUGCUUCGGGGGAUGAGGAUAGUGAUAAGACAGAGAAGAGGUCGAGACGUAAGGAAGAUGGGAGGAGGAGGAGCAAGGAAAGAGGGGGUCGAGAGGAUGCUGCUGGAGAGGACUUGUCUGAUGGUGGGAGGGGAACUACUAAUUCCUUGAAAGAAGAGAUGGAAAUUGUUCGAAAAGAAAUGGGAUUGGAAUGGAUGCUCAGGCCUGCGGAGAAGAGGGACGAAGGGUCUGUAAUGACUGUUGACAACCAAUCAGAGGAAAUUCCCACCGAGGAGAUGAAGAAGGCAAAUCCCAGGGAAUUGAAUCCAUAUUUGAAGGAUGACGGCAGUGGUUAUCCAGAAGAGACUGAUGGGAGCAAAGCCACUGGGGACCGACUUUUGUCUUCUUCAGUUGUUGGAGAUGGAGGUGCCAGCUGGAGACUCAAAGCGUUGAAGCGCGCACGAGAACAAGCAGAUCGAGAAGGGCGAAAGCUUGACGAGGUUGUUGAAGAACGGUGGGGUUCUCUUGGUCAACUGACUGUGUCUGUAGCGUCUCGUAGAGCUGCUUCUUCUCAUGCUCAUCUACAUGCAAUAAAAGAUAGAAAGAGAGGGCUAACUGAGGAACGGUCAACAGGUUCAGGCAAAGAAAGUCAGAUGGAUGUAAAAAAGAGGAAUGAUGCGCACUACUUGAAGGACGUAUCUUUUCAGCAUCAUAAAAUGAGGGAGCCUAAAGUUCAAGAUUCUUUAUCGUGGGGAAAACGGAAAAGUCAAAAUCUGUCUUCUAAGGAUGCUGGCCUUAUCUCAGCUGCAGUAUCUAGUUUAAAUAAGUUUUCCAACGAUGGAAGCUUUAUGCGUGAAGUUUUUCAGCAGCAGAACAAUGAUUCUGGUGGUUUUGUUGAGUCAGCAACUAGUUCAUCACGAAUGAGCCAAUUUAGCGAAGGUAGUGCACCCGAUAAUGAUGGAUUAAGUGCCAACCAGUUGGCAGCUAAAGCUCUUCAGCUUCGUAUGAAAGGAAAGCAUGAAGAAGCCAAUAAACUUCAACAAGAAGCAGAGAAGAUUAGGGCAAGGCAGGGUGCUGGUGAUAAUUCAAUUAGACAACAGAAUAAGGAAAGCUCAAGCAGAUAUAUUAUGAAGGACAGAUCUGUUCGACAAAAGAAGGAUGAGGAUGAUGGUGAUAUGCAUCUAGCUCGAAAGAUAAUGCAGAACAAAAAAUUUACCACGUAUGGUCAAGCAGAUGAUGAGUAUGAUUUUGAAGAUGGUCCUAGAAGGAAAGCUCAGCAGAAGGCUGGAGGUAAUGAGCAGAAGGUUAAGAAGAAUAUGUCCCGUCUGUUAACUCAACAAGAGCGCUGUGUUUUUUGCUUUGAGAAUCCAAAGGGGCCAAAACAUCUUAUUGUGUCGAUAGCAAAUUUCACAUACUUGAUGUUGCCACAUAGGCAGCCUGUGGUGCCUGGUCAUUGCUGCAUUGUACCGCUGCAGCAUGAAUCGGCCACGAGAACUGUUGACAACAAUGUGUGGGAAGAAAUUCGCAAUUUCAAGAAAUGCCUUAUUUUGAUGUUUGAUAAGCAAGAGAAGGAUGUAGUGUUUCUUGAGACAGUGAUGGGGUUGGCACAACAACGAUGCCAUUGUUUGAUUGAGUGUAUUCCUUUGCCCCGAGAAAUCGCCGAAGAGGCUCCUUUAUACUUUAAACAGGAAAUUGAUGAAGCUACAAGUUGGUGGAGCCAACAUAAUGCAAAGAGGCUUAUUGAUACAAGUGAAAAGGGGUUGCGAGGUUCAAUUCCCAAAAACUUUCCAUAUUUCCACGUUGAAUUUGGUCUACACAAGGGAUUUGUGCAUGUAAUUGAUGAUGAGACACAGUUCAAAAGCAGCUUCGGCCUUAAUGUGAUAAGAGGCAUGCUAAAAUUGCCGGAGGAAGACAUGCACCGUCGCCGAAGGUAUGAUUCUGUUGAGGUUCAAAGGGAAGCAGUUAAAAGCUUUGUCAAAGACUGGGAACCUUUUGAUUGGACAAAACAGCUUCACAGUUAAGCCAGUUGAAUAUUAUCUGCCACUUGUGAUUUGCCUGUCCCGUUGUGGUUGGCCUGUGACAUAUUAUUGCAGAGGUGACCGACACGGCUAAGUAGCCCUGGUGCAUGUCUUAUAAUUCUGCAUUGGCAAGUGUAAUUUAACCUGAAUUGUCAUCUUAUUAUAGUGAUAAAUUUUGAUAUUUUA